AUCAUUCAAAACCUUAAUUAAAACUACAUGGCCUCUGCUCAGGUUGAUGCUGUACACGUGGAAGAUCUCACCAAACCUUCCGAAGAAACAACACUUGGAUCUGCCACCAUGGAAGGAUCAGCAAAGCCUCCUGCACCUCACAACAUCGAAUCACCCUGCGAUGAACACCCAGAAGACGUUGAUGAAUUGGGCAAAGAGGAUGAAUUGAACGACGAAGAGGAUCAAAAAGGUGCAGCACCACAAAUAAUCGAAGACCAAGAUGACGAUGACGAUGAUGAGGAUGAUGAAGAACAAGUCGCCAAAUCUGCCGUUAGAGCCACUGAUUUCUCGGAGGAAGAAGGCGACGACGAUGUUUGAAUGGUCCCGCUGAACAACUAGUACUCAAUUUGACACCGUUUUAGCUUCGGUUUUAAAAGUUUGAAUUAGCAACCGGGUCGGUUUUAACUUGGUUAACUUAUCUAUCCAUUAUAUUUACGAAGAUAUCUGUUUUUUUCUUAGUGCUUUAAAUAAACUGAACGUUCACUGAA